AUGGGUGAUUUUUUGAGCCAGGUGGAUGGUUUUUUGGUCAAGAAAGAAUGGGAAGAGCGUCGGCGCCAGAACAUCGAGAAGAUGAACGAGGAGAUGGAGAAGAUCGCGGAAUACGAGAGGAACCAGCGGGAUGGGCUGCAGGAGAAGAACCCAGUGAGGAACUUCUUGGACGACCCGCGGCGCAGCGGCCCCUUCCAGGACUCCGACCGGCGGGAGGGAAGUCGCCGGCACGUCCGGAACUGGGGGGGAGCAGAUUUUGACAAGGUCAAAGCUGGGAUGGAGAAGGAGAAGACCUGGCAGGGCCCUGGCCGUCGCUCCAGCCCCAAGAGUGGGGUCCCCUUGGACAUGACCCUGUCCAUGACGGGCCGGGAACGCGCCGAGUACGUUCGCUGGAAGAAGGAGCGGGAACAGAUCGACCGGGAGCGUUUGGCGCGGCACCGAAAUCCCGCCGGGACCUGGCGCCGGGAAUGGGACGCCCAGAAAUCUGACACCAUGUUCAAGGAAGAUCCGGGCUUGGAAGUGGUGGGAGAGGAGGAGCCCAAACGGCCUCAUCCCAAACCUCCCACGUUCGGGGAGUUCCUGGUCCCGCCGCGCGGGCAACGGAGGAGGAAGAGCCGAGGGCGAGGACUGACCCCCCCCGAGCUAACUGACCCCCCCGGGGGGGCACAAAACCCCCUGGAUUCCCCCCCACUGGAAAACCUACAACUGAAAGAAGAAGAACCUUUGGAGGAGCAGGAAGAGGCAGCGACAGAGAACGGGACACAAGGUCCAUUCCCAGACACGACUCCUGGCACAGUGGAAAUCACCGACUUCCAGCGGAUAAAACCCGGCGCCGCCCGCUCGGCCCCGGGGACGAGCCCAGGGCUGGAGAACAACCCAGGCUGGCAGAGGAUGGACUACUACGACUCCUUCCCCAACUACACCUUCAACUCCACCUGGGACUACGAAUCCUUCGACUUGGGGGGCUACGAGGUCUCUCUGAGCCAACGGGUGGUCCUGACCCUCUACGCCCUCAUCUUCCUCCUGGGGGUCCUGGGCAACGGGGCCGUCAUCUGGGUCACGGCCUUCGAGCUGCGCCGCACGGUCAACGGCGUCUGGUUCCUCAACCUCUCCUUGGCCGACCUCCUCUGCUGCCUGGCCCUGCCCUUCUUGGCCAUCCCGUUGCUCCACGACCACCACUGGCCCUUGGGUGGCUUUGCCUGCAAACUCAUCCCCUCCCUCACCGUCCUCAACAUGUUCACCAGCGUCCUCCUCCUCACGCUCAUCAGCGCCGACCGCUGCGCGUUGGUGACGCGCCCGGUUUGGUGCCAGAACCACCGGACCUUGGCCUUGGCCAGGGUGGCUUGUGGGGCCGCCUGGCUCUUGGCCACGCUCCUCACCUUGCCCUCCUUCAUCUUCCGCACCAUCCGCGCCGACGAGUUCUCCGACAAGACGACGUGUGUCCUGAGUUACACCCUGGUGGGGUCUCGGCAGCGACUCACCGAGGUCGUCAUCUCCACCACCCGCUUCCUCUGCGGCUUCUUGGUGCCCUUCGUGGUCAUCACGGGCUGUUACGGCCUCCUCUUGGCCCGGGUCUACAGCAAAGGCCUGGCCCGCUCCCAGAAAGCCAUCAAGCUGAUCUUGGUGAUCAUCACCAGCUUCUUCAUCUGCUGGUUGCCCUACCACGUGGUGGGUUUGAUCUUGGCCUCCACCCACCCCCAGAGCGGGUUGUACAAGGGCGCCUUGGAGGUCGAUCCCAUCGUGGCCGGCGUCGCCUACGUCAACAGCUGCAUCAACCCCAUCAUCUACGUGGUCAUGGGGCAGGACUUCAAGGGCAAGGUCCAGCGCUCCUGGAGGACCAUCCUGAGGAGGGUCCUGAGCGAUGAUCCCCCCACCAGCACCGGGGGGGACACCAGGAUGAAGACCAAGUCCACCAUAGACGACCAGACCGUGAGCACCAUCGCGUGA